AUGCCUGCGUCGUUUUCGACCUAUGCAUCACAGUUCCUCAGUCGCUCUGCGGUGACGAACAAUGAAUCCCAGCCUAUGUUUUACUCUAUGGCCGAGGGAAAUGAAUCUCAAUUUGGGCUCCAAGACUCGACGCAUUCCCGCCGUUCAGCUGCCGAACUAGAUGACGAUGGCUUACCUAUGCUGGCUGGGGCGACAACUAUCUUCGACAACGGGGAAAACGAUGACGAAAGAGAGAGUCGAACCGGCGACUCUGAAGUGGAUUCCAGAGCGUCAACGCCCCAGUUGCCACAUGGACGAGCUCGGGCACCACAGCUCGAGGUGGAAAAUCCUUAUUUGGACGAGGACGAACUGGAGACGAUUGACGAUUUGAUGCCUCCAGACUCGAUACCGCUUAUCCAAUCACCCCCUCGCUCAUCUCUCUCACUCGGCACAUCCGGGCUCUUCCCGACACCGCGAGCUGCCAUGUCGCCCCCGGACCCUCAUUUCGACUCGAGCUCCGACGAAGGCUCUCAAGCAUCCGAUUCGUCGGAAGACUUGCCGCUUUUCCCUCAGAGCCCUGCGCUCUCACAGUCGUAUCCACACCCAACGCCCCCUCCCCCUCCUACUCGUCGAGAUCAAAUUGAUUUAGGACCAUCUGUCACUCAUAUCGACUUGCACGAGUCAUUAUUGCCUCGCGAUGGCGUCGAGCGCUCAGUGUUUACCUUGCCUGACCCUGCUCGGACCCCUUAUCGAAAGUACAAUGACCCCUCCCACCCCAAACCCGAUAAGCUACCAGCUUCCGGCCACAAGCCUACCACUCCUUUCUCCACCUUGACACACACCAUCCCACUCCUUACGCUCGUGGUCGUUCUUUCCUCGAUAUUCGGUUAUUUGUACCUCAUCCUCCUUAGGUACUUUGUCAAGCCUGUGUUGACAGCCACGGCUCUUGCUGCCCCUUUGGCCUUGCUUUUCGCUGCAGUAUGGGCAUUCGGAGGAAGCUUCAUGUGGGACGGAGAUGGCGUUGGUGAAACGUGGGGAGAGACUGUUGGUCUUCGCUUGUUUUCUUUCUUACCCCUCGUCGUCUCGGUGUUACUCGCCGGAGCACUCUACAAGCGCUACAAGAAACUACUUCGAGGAGUCUCGGCCGUUUCGUUGUCCAGUUCACUUAUCCUCAGCUAUCCGCCUCUUCUUGGCCUUUCUGUUGCGCUUCUGGUGGCAGCUCUCGUCUUAUCGAUUCCCUUCCUAGCUCUAAUAUUCAGGCUCCUCCUGGUUGGUGCAUUCGAAAGAAAAGGAUUGGACUUUACAUGGAAGGUCAAGGGGUGGGCAUGGUGGAUGGCAGUGCUCGUUUGUGCUGUGUGGAUGUGGAGUUGGGCAGUCGUUAGGGGUAUAUUGAGGGCAAGCGUUGCGGCCGUAGUAGCUAGUUGGUACUAUGCACCUCCAGUUGCGGCACCCCCACUCCUCCAAGAGGCAACCGACACCACUCGCCUGGCCUUGCUCCGCGCUUCCGGUCCCGCACUAGGAUCGGUCUGCGCUUCGGCCCUCGUUCUCACACUCUCGCGAGCAAGCUCGGUUUUCCUUAGGACAGUUCGCCGAAUUACUACCCCUGCUAUGCUCGCUCGCGCUCCUAUUCCACUCCCACCAGAAGCCAAAGCGAUCUUAAUCAACAUGAUAGUGAGCUUUGGCCAAGCCGAGGUAAUCGGUGCGAUACUGGGCUGGCUGUCGAGGUUCGGUGACGGAGAAGAUGUUCAAAUCUUGGUCGGCGUAAGUGGGGACAGUGUUUGGGGAUGUGCAAGACGCGUUCCUAGGCUUGUUGGCGCUAGAGCAUUGGGAAGUACUAAACGAUUGGGACGUGAAUAUCGACUGCUGGCAAACGUGCAACUCGCUACUGCGAUCGCGCUCGGUGUUUUUGCCUCUAUCGGAGGGUAUAUUUUUGCGGCACACGCUUUGGGAGAUCCUACCUAUGCCCCGCUUGCUGCGGCCCUUUUUGGAGCUGGAACAACUGUCAGUGUUAGGUUUUGCGUCGGGAUCGUGGACGACGCGACUGAUGCAUUGUUCCUAUGCUACUGCUUGGAUUACGAAGCUGGCGCGACUCCAAGAAAGGACGUCAAGGAAGUGUAG